AAAUGCAGAUCUUCGUGAAGACCCUGACAGGCAAGACCAUCACCCUGGAAGUUGAGCCCAGUGACACCAUUGAGAACGUCAAGGCCAAGAUCCAGGACAAAGAAGGCAUUCCCCCCGAUCAGCAGAGGCUGAUCUUUGCUGGCAAGCAGCUGGAAGAUGGGCGCACCCUGUCCGAGUACAGAAUGGGGAAAGUGACUACAGUACAGUGAUUUCUGUGCUUGCGAGGUGGCAUGCAGAUCUUUGUGAAGACCCUGACAGGCAAGACCAUCACCUUAGAAGUUGAGCCCAGUGACACCAUUGAGAACGUCAAGGCCAAGAUCCAGGACAAGGAAGGCAUUCCCCCCGAUCAGCAGAGGCUGAUCUUUGCUGGCAAGCAGCUGGAAGAUGGCCGCACCCUGUCCGACUACAACAUCCAGAAGGAGUCCACCCUGCAUCUUGUGCUGCGCCUGAGGGGUGGUAACUGAACUGGCUGGGCUGGUUGUUGCUUCCAAGUAAAAGUUUGUCUGCACUUGUUCGUUCCAAUAAAGCUGUUGCAUCCACAAAA